UGUGAUUGUACAACAGUUGGUCUGGAGUGCCUUGUUAAUAUAAUCAGGGCCCUGAGAAUGGGGUCCUGUCUAUCUGCUGAGACCAGGAGUCCCACACCUGGCUCUCCUUGCUCUCCUGGCUUUGGUGUGAAGAAGAGAAAAAACUCUAAGAAGAGACUCGGUUCCAGAAACUCCUCCUUUGAUUCAAGGAGAGAUGAUCCCUUGCAUAGAGUCCCGGGCCGGAUGUACUUGAAUGGAGCAAGUGAGGCUGCUUGUAUCUUCACUCAGCAAGGCAAGAAAGGGCCUAAUCAAGAUGCCAUGGUUGUUUGGGAGAACUUUGGUUCUAGGACGGAUACAGUCUUCUGUGGAGUGUUUGAUGGGCAUGGUCCUUAUGGUCAUAUGGUUGCAAAGAGAGUUAGAGACAAUCUUCCUCUCAAAUUAAGUGCUUAUUGGGAAGCUAUAGUACCUAUUAAUAGUGCAAGCAACAUCAACAACUCUGAAGAUGCUUCUUUUGUAUCUGCUGAGGAAGAACCUAGUGCCAACAACAACUCUGAAGAGUCCCAAUCUGAUUUGUUUCAAACUCUGAAAGAUGCCUUUCUUAAGGCUUUCAAAGUUAUGGACAGAGAGCUUAAGUUCCAUAAAAGUGUUGACUGUUUCUGCAGUGGGACAACGGCUGUGACUUUGAUCAAACAGGGUGAGUAUCUUGUUGUUGGAAACGUUGGGGACUCAAGAGCUGUAAUGGGGACAAGAAACGGUGAAAACGCUCUUGUUGCUGUUCAACUAACUGUUGAUCUCAAACCAAAUCUACCAGCUGAGGCAGAGAGGAUAAAGAAGUGUAGAGGACGUGUGUUUGCGCUUAGAGAUGAACCUGAGGUUUGUAGAGUUUGGCUGCCAAACUGUGACUCACCUGGACUUGCAAUGGCACGCGCUUUCGGAGACUUUUGUCUUAAAGAUUUUGGUCUAAUCUCUGUCCCUGAUGUAUCAUUCCGUCGAUUAACCGAACAAGAUGAGUUCAUAGUGUUGGCUUCAGAUGGGGUAGAUUUGGGAUGUGCUCUCAAACGAAGAGGUAGUAGCGAUUGUGGCUUCAGCACCAUCACGUUCCUCAGCAGCAAGAGCUUUAGUGGAGUCUGCGGUUAGAGCUUGGAGAUACAAAUACCCUACCUCAAAAGUCGAUGACUGUGCUGCGGUUUGCUUGUAUCUACACUCCAAUGACACAAACGUCAUAUCGUCAGCUUCUUCCAUCUCCAAACUGGAAGAUGAUGAUGAUGCAUCAGAACCAAGCGGUCUAGGCCGUUCAAGUACUGUCAGGACAGGGAAAGAGAUUGCUCUUGAUGAAAGUGAAGCUGAAAAGCUGAUUAAAGAAGAGGAUAUAGAGCCUGGAACAGAGUACUCUGCACUAGAAGGUGUUGCAAGGGUUAAUACACUUUUAAACUUACCAAGAUUUGUGCCUGGAAAGUAAAAAAAGAGAAAUAAGAGUUCGAAAACUGAAGAAGUUGAGUGGUGACAACAACACAUUUAAUCAAAUAAAUCACUCUCAGGACUCAGGAGAGGUAUUGUCUUUUCUUUCCCACCUUUCUGCAUUCUCUUAUUCUUUGAGUCGACAUUCAUUGGUUUGGAACAUAAACUCCUGUCAGUUUUGUUUUUCUAUUUAUGUCUUUCUUGUUAAUGUUUUGGUAUUGUCAGUAAAGAAAGUGAAAACACAAUCACAUGUAUGUAAUAACGGCUUUGUGUCUGUGAUACCAUGAAACCCCCCUCGGACUUAAUUUUGUCUGUCUGUUGGGGGAAUAUUUCCUGUUGAUUGCCUCAAUCACUUUCUCUUUCAAA